AUGGUUAUAUUACGGCAGACGCUUAGGAGUUUAUGCUCGCCAGAUGGAUGGACCUAUGCAGUGUUCUGGAAGCUAAAGAGACGAAACCGAAUGGUCCUGACUUGGGAGGAUGGAUAUUGCUCGAUGGAUACCCCGGGAGCGAUUCAGAAGGAUCAGAGCGCAGAUAUUAGUAGCAUUGACGGGAAUGUGCUCGGCAUGGCGGUCGCGAAAAUGUCUUAUCACAUAUAUUCCUUCGGAGAAGGAGUUGUGGGAAGAGUGGCUUUUUCUGGGAAGCAUCAAUGGAUAUUCGCUCCACGUUCUCAAGGAGUUGCUGGCAUGGAUUCUCGCCAGGGAUUUCCGUCCAUGAAGGGAUACGGUGGCUGCACUGGAGUUGACAAGUAUCCAUCUGGAUGGGACGAUCAAUUCGCUGCUGGAGUGAAGACUAUUGCCGUCAUCGCCGUUCCGGAGGGAGUCUUGCAGCUCGGCUCCAGUCGAUCGAUGCCAGAGGAUUUGAAAUUCGUUUCACACAUCCGCUCUCUCUUCGCGGCGCUUCAAACAGUCCCCGGAGCGUUUCUGUCCGAUCUCUUCACCGAAAAUGCCAUGAAAGCGAAAUCGUUUCCCACACCUGACGCGACCGCGCUUGCAGCCGCUGGAUUUCCUCCCGACAUCGCCGCGUCUCUUGGCAAUCUCAACCCGCAGUCCAGUUUCCCCGGCGUCUCCUUCCCCGAAGCUCUCAACCGUCGAUCAGUCCAGCCCAACCCGCAAAACCUACAGAUGCCUGCUCCUGCACCUGCUGCUGCACCUGCUGCUGCUCCUCCUGCCGCCCCUCCAGCUCCAUCUCGUCCGUUCACGGGAAAUCCUCUGGCCGUCUCGUCGCCGUCGGAUCUCUUCAGCAUUCUCGGCAUCCCUUCCGACUGCCGUGCGGACGACCAGAGCGCUUCUCGGUUCCUGGGCUCCGCGCCUCUCAAGCCGCCAGCGGACCUAAAACAAGAAGCAGCAGCGCCUUUGACUGACUACGCGAGCACUGCAAAACGAGUGAAGGUCGCACCAGAGAGGUCGACGACUCGAGCGUCCGUCGCCAUUAACCAGAUUCAGCUUAACUUCUUCGACUCGGACCUCCCUCUAGGCGGGCCGGCUCCUCCCUCCCACUCGAAUACGUCGCUGCCGUCCAGACUAUCGUCUCCGACGGAAGCUUCCGCGCACGUGCUCGGCCCGUCCGGCGAGCUGCUGGGAAGAGCAGAGGCGGAAGCGGGAGCGGGAGCGGCGAAGCGGAAGGCGGUGGUGGAUCUGGAGAAGGAGCUGCGCAUCUUCCACGACCAGUUUCUCAACGACCCCGCGCCGUCCCUCGCCAACCUCCCCUCCGCCAACCUCCCCUCCGCCAACCUCCCCUCCGCGAGCUCCGCCGCGCAGAAACCCAUGGCGGCGAGCGCUGCUGCUGCUUCGGGGGUUGGGUCGGCGUCCGAGCGCGCGUCUGCGCGGAGAAGCCUUGGUGUUGCCGGCGGCUUUGCGGGUCUGGACGAGCAGUUUCUCGCGGGCAUGACUGCGAGUGGCAUGACUGCGAGCGGCCUGACUGGGGGCAACAUGACCGCGAGCGGCAUGGCAGGCAAUCGGAACGGGAACGCUGCUGCGCGGGCGUCUCAGUUCAAUACCGGCGGUGACGCGCUGGGGUCUUCGUCCGCGUUUGGCGGCGCAGAUGAGCUCGCGCAGGCCCUGGGGCUGCACUUCACAGGACAGUUGCCCGUUGACUUGGCUGACCUCGCUGACCUGGCUAACCUGGCGGACAUUGGCGCGAACCAAGUGUCUGCCAACGGUCAGAUGGGAAGCGCAAUGAGCCGCGGGGUAUUCGACCAGGCAGGGGCUGUUGGAGCCGCUAGUCGCGGUGCUGAUGGCGGUGGCUCACGGGGAGGGUUUUCCAUGGCUUCCGGCCCGCCGCAGCCACAGAAGCUGCCGCACAGGUCUGGGGUGGGCCCUGCCGCUGGUAGUACUGUCGGAUUUGACGAGCUGAGUGCGUCGCUGAGCAGGGCAGGUGCAGUGAACGGCGGUGUAGGGGCGGGGAUGGGAGGGGCGGGAGCGGGGAUGGGGAACAGCCUGGCGGAAAUGGAACGGAUGGCGACUCUGGAAGCUCUCAUGCGGACCUCCGGGCUGCUGCCUCGCCUGAGCCUCGCGGAGCUGCAGCAAAGCCAAGCCCUCGGCACACACAACUCCGUGGCCGGAGCUGCUGCAGCAGAAGCAGCGAAUGCUGGGAUGGCGUCAGGUGUUAAGCUUGGGAGCCUCCCAGGGCUUCAGAGCAGGGCGAGCGUUGCUGGCAAGCCUGCUGGAGAUGGUGGAAGAGGUGCAAGAAGCGUGGAGCCCAGUGGGAAGGGCGUGUUGAAGCCUGAGAGUGUGUUCAAGGCCUUGCCAGACUGGUCGGCAAAUGCUGGUGUGCAGGAGCUCGGCGUGCCAGAUUUAUGUGGUGGUGCUGCUGCUGGGAAGGAGGAGAAGAAGGGGACGAAGAAGAGGGGCAGGGAGGAGAAGCCCAAGCAGAGGCCCCGUGAUAGGCAGUUGAUUCAAGAUCGUGUGAAGGAUCUGCGAGGGAUCGUGCCCAACUCUGAAAGGCUGAGCAUUGAUGGACUUCUGGAGCGCACAAUCCAACAUCUGGUGUUUCUGAGGGAGUUCUCCGCUCUCCGUGCAGACAUUGACAAAGGUCAAGCAAUGCUGGCGGAGAAGAGUUUUGAUGAAUGUAUGAGUGAUUGCCCAGUAUCCGUGCAACAACUUUCGCCGACUCUAGUUCAAAUUAAGGUCGAAUGGAUUGGUAGCACUGUGCCGAUUGACCUUGCUGACGGUCUUCGCCAGAUUGGCCUGGUGGUUCGCAAGUCAUCAGUGAAGUCCUCUGGUGGUCGUGUCAAGGCACACAUUAUUGCAGAGUGCAAACAACAUGUGGAGCGCAUGGACAUCAUGUGGCAUGUUCUCCAGCACCUGAAGGAUAAGCUGCCAGAAAUGGCCAACGUCUUUUCUGGGACUGAGAAGCAGAUGGAGACAGGGAAGCCAGAUCGUGCCUUUGAUCCGGCAGAUUCAUGCCGUCAGGUGGUCUAUCAAGUUGGGGUUAUGUCAGCUUGA